UGCUCCCCCCCGCGCGCUCAGUGCGAGCCCAGGCGGCGGCGGCUCCGGUCGGCUCGCGGCGCAGGCGGCCUCGCCCCCAGCCAUGGCGCUGCUGCUGGAGCACGAGUUCCGGGUGGUGCCGGCGGACCGGGAGAUCGAGACCGGCCCCUUCCUGGACGCCGUGGCGCAUCUGCCGCCCUUCUUCGAUUGCCUUGGGACACCAAUCGUGUAUGCGCCAGUCAAAGCCGAUCUAGCUGGAAAUAUCAAGAAAAUCCGAGCAGUUUAUGAAUCAAAUCCUACCAAGUUCAAAACGCUAAAGAACAUUUUGGAAGUGGAGAAGGAAAUGUAUGGACCAGAGUGGCCGAAAACUGGUGCGACACUGGCACUAAUGUGGCUAAAAAGGGGCCUGAAGUUCAUUCAAGUUCUCCUGCAGAGCCUUUCGGAUGGCGAGAGGGAUGAGGAAAACCCGAACCUCAUCCGAGUCAAUGCACUGAAAGCCUAUGAAAUAGCCCUGAAGAAAUACCAUGGCUGGAUGCUGCAGAAGCUCUUUUCAGGAUCCGUCUAUGCUCUUCCAUACAAGUCGGAUUUACUGAAGGCUCUUGAGAAAGGAAAAGAAGUGAACGAGGAGGAGACUUUGGAGAAGAUCCACCAGUUCCUAGCAAAAGCCACUCCUGUGCUGGAUGCGAUUUACGAUAUGUACACAAAAAUGAAUGCAGAACUGAACUACAAAGCUUAACAUUUGCACAGGACUCCUACCACCAAGUAUACACUACCUUCAUCCUAACGUGGGAACCCGAAAUCACUGAGCACAGGGGCUGCUCCUGGUCAGCAAGGGACUGAUUCCUGGCCUGGAUAUGCAGGGAAUAGCCUGGUUUUUAAAUAGAGCAAUAAACUAAUGAUUGUAUCUCAAAUCUUCAUGGAACUUCCCACACCUAUUUACCAACGGGGGAGCAAUGAAACUUCCUACUCUUGACUUAACAGAUUUCUUUAAACCCUGUCUGGGGAAUGAGGUGAACUGACAAUGUUUAGCUGCUGCUAUUUUCUGGCUCUGCCUCAGUUAUAGAGAAGGGUCUUAUGAAGAUAUUGGUGUCUAUUUAGAUACCACCAUGAGUUUGUACUUCCCUUGCAGCAGUUACCUCUGAUGGCCUGUGUGGGGGGUUAAUAGGGUUAAACAGCUUGAUUACACUGUGACUGAGAAGCUUCCAAAAUAAUGCCAGAAACUUGCAAGAAAAUAAGCCUUCAGUGAUUUCUCCCCCCUCCCCCAAGGUCACAGUGAAAUCUUGUAGGAUUCUGCAUUUCCUCCAGGGUGGGAAUGGUUUCUUCUGCCUAACUAUUUCUUCAGGGACAGUUACUCCAAGUUAAACCACUUGUAACUGCUAUGUGUAUUUUCUUAAAUUUUGCUCCAGAGACACAAGUUGCCUUAAUAGUGGUUUGUGGCACAACUGAGCCUUACCUUAGGACAAUGCAGGAGGGAGGGGCGAGAACUUCAAAUAAAUGCUAAAAAUGAAA